AUGAUGCAAGACAGAGGGUGGAAGCCGGUGCUGCGCAAGUAUGGUGGUAAGGGUGGUAGGAAUUCCGAUCUCGGUAAUGAGAUUCACACGAUCUUUGUGGAUAAUCUCCCAGAAUCUAUGGACCCAAAAGGGCUUUAUAACAUAUUCACCAAUUUUGGGGUAGUGAAGGAUGUGUUCAUCCCUAACAAAAGGAGAAAGGUGACUAGAUCAAGAUUUGGGUUUGUCCGAUACGCCUGUCCAGUGGCAACGAACAUGGCGGUCCAAAAAGCCCAUGGUAUCUGGUGCGAUAACAGAGCUUUGAAAGUGAAGAUAGCAGAUUUUGUUCAAGGAAAGGAGGACAACCAGAAACCAGUAAUUACAUCAGUUGGUAGAAGGGAUUUUGCCACAACCAGCAAAGGUACGGAUACGCUACAAAGACGGGAUUUUGCCACAACCAGCAGAGUUACAAAUAUGAUACAAAGGGGAAAGUCGUUUGCACAAAUAUUGACUGGUUCAGGGCUGGCUUCAAAUUCAAACAUUAGUAUCCAAACUUACGAGGAGGGUAAUGGUUGGUUGUAUGAAAGUGCGAUUGUUCGAUUGAAAUCUCACAUAUGUGCGGGGGAGUUCAAAUAG